AUGGCAGAUAUUGAAGAUUAUGGUAUUUUUUUUAAAUUAAUUAAAAAAGAUUCAAAUAAUAAUAAUAAUAAUAAUAAUAAUAAUAAUAAUAAUAAUAAUAAUAAUAAUAAAGUAUUUUUUAAAGUUUGGAGAAAUGUUGUAUUAAAAUUAAAUAUAUUAGGAAAAUUAAGAUUAUUAAAGGAAAAUUAUAAAAAGUCAUUCUCAAGUUUUAGUGAAUUGGAUAAUUAUAUAUAUAAGGAUUAUAUUUCAAUUAUUUAUUUAAGUGAAAAUAAAAAUUCAAUAAAUCUAAGUAAAUUACCACACUCAAUUACAAAAUUACACUUUAAAUAUGAUUUUAAUAAACCAAUUAUUUCAAUCUCAAAUAAAGCAACAAAUUUAACAACAAUAAUCUUUGGUGAAUCUUUUAAUAAUUCAUUAUGUAAUUUACCAUUAUCUUUAACAAAUUUAAAAUUUGGUAAUAAUUUUAAUCAACCUAUAGGAAAUAGUAAUAUUAAUAGUAAAUUAUUACCAGAUUCAAUUAAAACACUUGAAUUUGGUGAUGAUUUCAAUCAACCAUUAUCAUCAUCAUCAUCACCAUCAUCCUCUUUAAUUUAUUUACCAUCAUCUUUAACAUUUUUAAAAUUUGGUAAUAAAUUCAAUCAAAGAUUAAAUAUUGGUGACUUUUUAUUAUUACCACCAACAAUAGUUCAUUUGGAAUUUGGUAAUCAAUUUUACAAUGGUCAUGAAACAAAUACAUCAAUUGACUUUAAUCAAAAUUUUAUACCAAAUAGUGUUACAUCAAUUGUUGUUGGUGAUUUUUUCAAUAAUAGUUUUCAACAUGAUCUUGAUGGUGGUGAUGGUGGUGGUGGUAUUGAAUCACUAUAUAAAAAUAAAAAUAUAACUUCAUUUAGUUAUUGUCCAAAUUUUAAUAAACCAAUAACACCAAAUUCAAUUCCUGAAACAACAAUAUUUUUAAAAUUCUCUGCAAGAUUUAAUCAAAUAAUUAAAUAUGGUGAUAUUCCAAAUAGAGUAAAAUAUAUUACGUUUGGAAAUGAUUUCAAUUUACCAUUAAUUAGAAAUGAUGAUAGUAAUAAUAAUAAUAUUAGUGUAUUACCACCAUCAAUAACUGAUAUUGAAUUUGGUAAAUAUUAUAAUCAACCAUUUCAACGUGGUUUAAUUGGUGAAAAUGUAAAAUCAAUUAAGUUUGGUCAAAACUUUAAUAAACUAUUAAAACCAGGUGAUAUUCCAAGUUCUGUAACAUCUUUAAAAUUUAACUCUUUUCAUAGACAAUCAAGUCAUGUAAUUCCAUCCACUGUUACCUCAUUAAUAUAUGAAUAA